AUGUCAUUAUUUUCAAACAUAAUAGGAUUCACAAUUUUUGGACUUUCAAUUAGGUCUUUGCAACUUGGAAUCCAAAAACGACCACAAUUUAAAGAUAUUAAAGGUUAUCUUGGAUAUGCAUUAACAGGAGCAAUUGUAGGACAUUGGCUAUAUCAAGUUGAAGAAAAACAAUAUACAGCUAUAAAACAAAAAAAAAAAUUCUAA